AUGCAAAUUCACGACCAGUUGACCCUGGACAGAUUCAACAACCCGGACCAGGUACUCAAUACCUUUAGGAUAUCGGCUUCGACAAUUCUAUAUGUUGGGGGAGACAUUAACUGGGCCAGCAAUGACCUAAAACCGAAAGAGCGCGUGAUUACCAUCUUGACUCUCUUCCAGAGGCGCGAUGCCUUGCACCAUAUGUUAAGCGACAUGGGCAUUUCGUCUACUGGUACUCAAAACCGCAUGAUUGGGAACACGUUCUCGAAUAGCCUACCUACUCUGUGGAUAUCUCGCGGCAGAGAGGACCGACGGAUAAUAGUUGAGCGACCCGGGCCGGGCACGGCACAUGACUAG